UCUGCAGGAGCAGCUAGUGCUCUUAACCCUUGAGCCAUCUCUCCAGUCCCUAUGUCCAGCGUAUUGCUUUUUAUUUUUUGAUACAAGAUCUUUGUAGCUCAAACUAUUGGCCUUGAACUUGAUAUGUAGCUGAAGUUGACAAUCAUCUUAACUCUCUCCUCCAAAUGCUGAUAUUAUGCAUAGGCUUGUAUCAUCAUGCCCACCGCUUUAUCUUGAUGGCAGUAAGGUUAGGAAAGCCAAGACCUGGUAGUUUCCAGGGCUGUGAAGAGCAGAGCCAGAGGGUAGAGAGGGUGCCAUUGUCUUCUGGUUGCCUUGGAUACAGGGCCUCCGGUCUGGUGGCCUCAGGCAAGUUUUCAGAUGGCUUAUCCUUGGGGAAAGUGAAUGUUGUUGCUUGGGGAAAGUGAAGAGGUGGUACCCUGGGAUGGCCUGCCUCCAGCUGAGUCUCAUCUCUCCACCCCUUACCUUGGCCCAUGCUAAAGGUAGCCAGCCAGAAUCCUAGGCUUGCUGCAUGUUCCUACAGCCUCCCCUUGCCUGGGACAGUUGUGAAGGUGAUGGGAACACAGGAAUUUGGAAAUGGGAAUCUGAUUGUGAUUCAGUCUCUCUGAGCCUAACUGACCAUGGAUAAUCCCCAUGCUGAGGGGUCAUUAGAAGGCUUGCCAGGCCUCUGAGCAUCCUUGAUCUACCCACUUGUCUGGCCAGGCCCAGCCUCCUCAACUGUCUGUUCCUGUAACCAGGCUCAGGCAGGGUUCUGGGUAGCUGUCUUAGGAUUAGCAGCCCUGAUGGGAAAGGGGCUUCUGGCCCCCGAAUCAAUGUUUAACCGGAUGUGCAGGUCAAUAUUUACCAGCAGAGAAGGCAAGCUGAACGGGGGUUGGCUAAGAGCAAAGGUCCUGUGGGAGGGGAGAGCUAGGCCAGGCUGGCUGCACCAGGCAGAGCGUGGGGAGCAAGUGGGUCCAGGAGAACAUCGUGUGCUGGAGCAAGACUCCUGAAGAGGAACAUGGCACUGCUCUGGGGGCUCCUGGUACUCUGCUUGUCCUGUCUGCAAAGCCCCUGCUCCAUGUUCUCCCCUGUGAGCGCCAUGGAUCUCCCGAGCCAGCAGGUACUAGGGGGGCUUGAGCAGAAGAGCCCAAAGGUCUCACCUAUGUCUCGGGCAAAGCAGGGACCUAUGGAGAGGGCCAUUUCUCCACCCACUUCCUCCUUUCCAAAGCCAACGAGUGAGCAGGCCCAGCAGAAGCUGCCUCCACUCGCCCUCCUCAAGUUGGGCAACCAGGAUCUCAGUGGUCACGAUAUCCAGGAGAGGUCCCCAGGAGACUGCAAGAGUACCCCAACUGCAGAGGAGACUCGCAGGCUGGCUCGGGCCAUGAUGGCUUUUACUGCUGACCUGUUCUCCUUGGUGGCCCAGACAUCCACCAGCUCCAACCUUGUCCUGUCACCCCUGAGUGUGGCCCUGGCUCUCUCUCACCUGGCACUAGGUGCUCGGAACCAGACGCUACAGAGCUUGCAACAAGCGUUACACGUGAACACGGGACCUUGCCUUCCCCACCUACUGAGCCAUCUCUGCCAGAACCUAGGCCCUGAGACAAUCCGACUAGCUGCCAGAAUAUACCUGCAAAAGGAAUUUCCCAUCAAAGAGGAUUUCCUGGAGCAAUCGGAACGGCUCUUUGGUGCAAAGCCUGUGAAACUGACUGGAAAGCAGGAGGAAGACCUGACGAACAUCAACCAAUGGGUGAAGGAGGCCACGGAGGGGAAGAUUGAGGAUUUCCUCUCUGAGCUGCCAGAUAACACCGUGUUGCUUCUCCUCAAUGCCAUCCACUUUCAUGGUUUCUGGAGGACCAAGUUUGACCCAAGUCUCACCCAGAAGGACUCCUUCCACCUGAACGAGCGCUUCACCGUGCCAGUGGACAUGAUGCAAGCACAGUCGUACCCUCUGCGCUGGUUCCUGCUGGAGCAACCUGAGACACAGGUGGCUCACUUCCCCUUUAAGAACAACAUGAGCUUUGUGGUCAUGAUGCCCACUCAUUUUGAUUGGAAUGUGUCUCAGGUACUAGUCAACCUGAGCUUGGACACUCUGUACCAUCCCUCGCUACGGGAGAAGCCUACCAAUGUGUGGCUGCCUAAACUCCAUUUGAAACAGCAGCUGGACCUGGUGGCCACCCUCAGCCAGCUGGGCCUGCAGGAAUUGUUCCAGGGCCCAGACCUGCGUGGGAUCUCUGACCAGAGUCUGGUGGUGUCUAGCGUGCAGCAUCAGUCUACUAUGGAACUCAGCGAGGCUGGCGUGGAGGCAGCCGCAGCCACCAGCACAGCCAUGAAUCGAAUGUCCAUCUCCUCCUUUGCGGUGAACCGACCCUUCAUCUUCUUCAUCAUGGAAGACACCUUAGGCAUGCCCCUCUUUGUGGGCAGCGUGAGGAACCCCAAUCCCGGUGCACAGCCCCAGCUCCAGGAGCAGCAAGAUUCCCCUGACAACAGGGUCUUCCCGAAUGAAAAGGCUGACUUCCACGGAGACAAGACCUUUGGUCCUGAUUUGAAACUUGCACCCCCCUUGGAGGAGGAUUACCCCCAGUUUAGCACCCCCAAGUGAGGAGGGACCCUGGGCAUCAGCAUCCCAUGUCCCCACCUGGGUCAGCUUCUCAACUGCUGUGACUCUUUCCAAGCAGCUUUGUGGGAUAGGGUGGGACCUGGGGAGGCAGUCUACAGGGAAAGGAGCCAUUCUCUUGCAGGAGGUGCGGUGGGGUCUGGAGGAAGGCAGGCAAAAGGACUCUUCAUUUCUUAACGAGCUCAGGGGGUGACCUUUUGUGGGCUGGGCACUCAUGGAUACAGUUUUGGCUAGAGGCGGGUUAGGCCGGUCCCUAGCUUAGUUGGGGUACCUUCAUAUUUGUAAGCAGAAGCUGGAGAGGCCACCUUUAGAUGUGUCCCCAAACACCCUGAGCUCAGACCUUGGCCUUGCUUGUUGUACUCCAUGGGUAGAGGUGGACCUACCCUGACUCUGAUGUGCCUUGCUGAAGACAGACAGGUCCCCACCCAUGUCCUACCACCCAAGUCACCCCUCUGGUCUUUGGAGAUGCCAGCACUGCCAGGAGCCCCCUUCCUUCCUCUCUACACUUGUCCUCUUCUGCCGGGAAGCUCAGGGGCUGAGGCAGGGAAGGGCCCCUCUAGCUCCCAAGACACUUUUGUAAGGUUUUUGUAGUGACUUUUACGCCACCUGAAUAAAGAAAUGAAUGGGC